AUGGGAAUGGGAAUGGCAGACGCCGUGACCCCGACGACCGCCGAUCGCGAACAAGAAGACGUAGCCGCCACCGCUGCUGUUGCUGUUGCUGCUGAGCAUACUGAGCCCGCCGUAGCUGAGCUCGUGCCGCAAAAUCCUCCAACACCCGCCGCCGCCGCCAUGGAAUCCAAGGGCGAUAACUCCGCCUCGGGGGCACAGCCGCCGGCUAUGCGGUGCUGUUGUGGAAGGGAGGACUGCGUCUAUCUUAGGCACAACUGUACUCUCCUCAAGAGUGUCGAGCGCGAUGUCCAUACGGCCGCCAAAAUGGGCCAGACCCUACUCAUCCGUCAUGAAGCCUACAUGGCCGCCGCCGAACGUGACCGCGCCGAACUCACCGCUCGCAUCGAACAGCUGGAACGCGAAAAUGCAGAGCUAGAGGAGAAGAACAGGGAAAAGAUACACGAAAACUACAGCCUCCAUGCCGAACUCGAAUCGCUCAACGAUACCGUCCGAGAGGCCGACACUCGGAUUGACUACCUCGAGACCACCCUGCGCGAGUCACAGCGCGAGAUCCGCCGACUGGAAAUGGCGGCGGAGAGGGCAGCGACCCUGGAGAAGCAACUCACCAUGCUCGAGGAGGAACAGGCGACGCUACAGUCUACCUUGGUCAACACACAGGAGGAAGCGCGCACCGCCAUCACACGUUGGAAGCAGGCCGAGAAGGGUAUCAACGACUUGCAGGAACAACUGGAGCGCAUGGAGAAGGAAGCAAAGGAAGAACGCGAUCGACACGCCGAGGUUAUGGGCCGUAUCGAGAAACAACGAGAAAUGGAAAAGGAGCUCAGCACGGCAGCAGGCAGACUUAAGGGCGCUGCCGCCGUAAAAUCCCUAUCCGAGACCAAGAGCAGUCGCAACGUCGUGUCGCAUUUCGUGCGCGACCUCUUGCAGGACAAUGCCAACCUACAACUAGGCAUUGCCGAACUCCGAGACAUGCUAAUGACCUCACACGACGAAAUCCAACUCCUACGGGAACAGAUGCAGUACCACCAGCCGUUAUCAAGUAGUAGUAAGCAGCCGGGCACCGUAUCAACACUACAGACAGAAUUCGACGACCCAGACUCGGCCAAGACACCAAAGAUAUCACAGGCCGUACACGUCCACCAUCAUUACCAUAUCGCCCAGCAGAAGGGCGACUCACGAAAAUCAAGGAAGAACAGGAAAUCCAUUACUUCAGGUACCUUUUCGCCGCCACACAUCAUCUCAGCACCUACAACACCAGUAUCCUCCCAGAAUCCCCAAUGGCAGGCGGGCCGUGGCCUUGGGCCACCCUUUGUCCCGCGUCACAGUACUCACGAUUCCACUUCGACAGCAGCUGGCCGUUGGUCCCUAAUAUCCGAAAUGCCCUCCGAAUUUGCGCCGUCCUCCGCGCCGACCUCUCCCCAAUCGAACCCCCGGCGCAACUCCGUUUUCGACCGCGGCAUCGUCGAAGUGUCCGUACCCAACUCUCCCACCACGAGCGUCGACCCAGCUUCGCCCGAAUGGAAUCGAAGAUCCCACCGCAGACAGGCAUCCCAAUGGUCGAGCCGCAGCACGGCCAUGAACAAUUGCGGUGCUUGUUCACCACCGUACCCCGGCCACCGUUCGCUAGCCGGUCUCGUGCUUGCCGAGGAGCUCAACAACGCCAUGGGCGCAUACACCACCGACGAUGUACCCGAUAUGACCCACGGGAUUUCCUCCGCCGAAGACGACACUGUUGAGACCAUCAGCGCAAAUGGCGACGGCGAUGACCCGGCGGUUGCGGGUGACGACACCAUCCAUCACGAUCUCGAUUUCCACCCCGAAGUGGCCGAACAAGAACGACCAGGAAGACUGCGGCGCAUGACCUCACACGAAUCCAUCAUGUCCCUCUCCAACGGUCUCGACAUCCACACCCUCAAGGUCCGCCCGAGCCAACUGACCCUCCGGCCCCUCGGCCUCAGCGCAGCCGGAACCGGAAUCAGCAACGUCACGGCCAUGCCGACCAUCUCGUACUCCAGCGCGCGCGGAUCGCGCGGAAGCAUGCACGCCAGAGAUAACUUGGCCCUGGUAGGACAGCGCCUACCCCGACCCGUAUCCACCUCCCAGAAUUCGGUCGCCGCUUCUUCUGAGCGGCCCUCCUUCCUCAAUCCCAAUCGUCGCGCCCACACUGACGGUUUGCAUAUGUCCUCUUCUUCUGUGCGAUCAACAGCCUCCCGUCAGCUGUCUCUUCCUGCCUUGGGUAAGCUAGUCUCGUGGCGGCCUUGGGGCCAGAGCUCUAGCCAGCCGAACAACACCAACGAAUCCGCCGGAACAAGAUCAGGAUUGGAGCCUACCCCGGAACUCCCCGAACCCAUAACUCCCACUCUUGUUGGAACAAGUACAGGCACCGGCCUAGGAAUCGCCAUCGCUCCAAGCGACGGCAAGUCCUCCUACCGAAGCAUUAGCUCGUCUACCACCACUGGUACGGCAGGCACGGCGGCUACGAGCGCCACCACGCCCUUGUCGUCUUCCGUCCGGUCUGUGUCCUCUGCGACGACGGGGACGACCAUCAAGCCCCGGGCGCCGGGAAUCAACCAGCCCGGUGUGAUCCCGGGGUUUUUGGUUAAGAAGGGCGGGUUGCCUGCAAAGGUGACAGUGGAUGCUUUGGACGGGAGCCAGUUGGGGAGUAUUGAGGAGGCUAUGAGGGAGGGGAUUUAA